CGCUUUGUAGUUUCUUUACAUAUACACUUGUGCAAUUUGUGAAAUUGUGUUUUAUAUUUAUUUACAAUACGAAUACCUGAGAAUUAUUUGUUGAUUAUCAUUGGAUAAUAAUAAUUUUACAUUACUUACUUUAAUAAUUUUAACUCUAUUUAGAUUUUUUUUAAUCUAAAAGAUAUUCCCGGUCAGUACUCCGGUUAUCGGCGGUUUGUGAAAAUAUAAUGUCCGAGAAGCAAAAAACGCUAUUUUGCGGAGAUGUCAAUGGAAAUUUCAAUGCAUUAUUUUCCCGCGUUGAAACAAUUGUCAAGAAGUCAGGUUCAUUCGAUGUUUUAUUAUGUGUUGGAAAUUUUUUCGGUAACGAUAAUUCACAGUUGGAUGCUUACCGUAUGAGGACGAGGAAAGUUCCUGUUACAACCUAUGUUUUUGGCCCAAGUGAUAGUAACCAUGUCAAGUAUUACUGUGAAGAAGGAUCUGAAAUUGUCCCUAAUGUUAUUUACAUGGGAAGACGAGGCAUAUUUACCACAAGUUCAGAAGUUAAGAUUGCCUACCUAACAGGCCUGUCUAGACGAGAAUUAGGAAAGGAGAUACCUUCAUGUACAUUUGAGCCGAGUGACUGCAGUGCAGUGAGAGAUGCAUGUUAUAGAGGACAGAGUGAAUAUAGAGGUGUAGACAUACUUAUAACCACUUUAUGGCCCACUGGCGUACAACAGGAUGAAUGCCAGAAGGCAGAAGUGAGUGAAGAGAAUCUAUCAAAUUUAAUAGCAUGGCUUACAAUACAUCUUAAACCAAGAUAUCAUUUAGUGCCAACAACAAACAAGUUUUACGAGAGACAACCUUAUAGAAACCAAGGAAUCCAUCAAGACUAUAAAGAAUGUGCGACAAGGUUCAUAGCAUUAGCUCCAGUAGGAAGCAAAGCUAAAGAGAAAUGGAUUUAUGCAUGCAGUUUACAACCGAUUGCUAAAAUGAGGAUGACAGAUUUAUUGCAAAGUACCACGGAUGAGACAGAUUGUCCGUUUGACCCUGACUUGUUGAAACAGCACCAGCCUGGGAAAGUCGUUAAGGUAUCCGGUAAUGGACAGUUCUUCUUCAAUAUGGACGCUUCGGAAGACGAUCACGGGAAGAGAAAGAGGUUAGGUGGAGAUAAUCCAGAGAGGAAACGGAGGGAUAUAGAUCCGGACACAUGCUGGUUUUGUUUGUCGUCUCCGUCCGUGGAGAAGCACUUGGUGAUUUGCGUGGGCAGGCACUGCUAUCUGGCCCUGCCCAAAGGGCCACUCACGCCCUUCCACGUUCUCAUCCUGCCCAUUGCCCAUCAUCAGUCUGUUACUAAGUCACCAGAGGAAGUUGUCAAGGAAAUUAACCAGUUCAAAGAUACGCUUAAGAAGUUUUACGGCUGCAUGAACAAUGUGAGCGUGUUCUUUGAACGGAAUUACAAGACGUCUCACAUGCAGAUUCAAUGCGUGCCUCUCCCUAAACGAUGCGAAACGCAGAUACUUGAGGUGUUUCAGGAUGAGGCAGGCAUAAAUCGUAUAGAGCUGGAAGUUCUUCCGCCCUAUACGGAGAUAUCUCAAGUUGCGUUGCCCGGAAGUCCAUACUUCCACGCGGAGCUUCCUUCCGGCGAACACGUGUACGCCAAGCCGAAGCAGCACUUUCCUUUGCAGUUUGGAAGAGACGUGCUAUCAAGCCCCCCUCUAUUGAACUGUGAGGAUAAGGCAGACUGGCGUCAAUGUCUUCUAAGUAGAGAGGAAGAAGAUUCCCUCGUGGCCUCCUUCAGGGAGAAGUUCCGACCAUUUGACUUCACGGCAGAUGAGGAUAGUGAUAGUGACUAAAUUAGGUUUUUUUAAUUAGUUUGCGUACAUAUAUGAAUUUUAUUAUAAAUUAAUUAGCAGGUUAUUAUUUUACCUAAUUAAAUGACAGUCGGGAUUUGUUUGAAUCAAAAUGAAAAAAAAUUUAAGUUAAAUCUUUAAGACAACAUUUUUUGAUUUUUGUUAUAACCAACUCAUUGUAUAUAUUACUGAUUAAAUGCUAUUAAUAAAUGAA